UGCCACUUUUAUCUCGCUUUCGAUAAUCAUAAAAAAUAAUGACAAAAACCACUUGCAAUAAAACUGCUUAGUAUUUCUUGGUGACCCUCGAGAUGAUGUUAUUAAAAAGGUGUUGUGUUGUACUGAUUAUUUUAUCAUCUACUAUAGAUGAGAGCCAGAGUAUUAUUGCUUCUCGUUCGUUGAGAUCAGGAUUCAGACGCACUUCACUCGGUACACAUAUUAGUUCUUUAGGAUCUAGAUCUCGCUCGAGAUUAUCUGGAUCAUCCUUUGUAGUUAGUGGAUCCCGUGGUAGUUUAUUUCGAUCCAGUGGAUCACGUGGUAGUCCAUUUAGAUCUGGAUCGCCAGGUUCAAGUUCAUCUGGAUCAUUUAAUUCUUCCUUUGGAUCUCACGAAACUUCAUUUGCAUCUGGAUCAAGUUCGCAAGAUUCAAGUUCAUCACUUGGGUCCUCUGGAACUUACAGAUGGAGCAUCACUGCCAAACCAGUUACUUCUAGACCCGUCCAUAGAUUUGAUCCUGUGACAAGUAGAUUCCAGACAGUAACUAACAGAACACAACCUGCUUCAAGCCGAUUCCAUACAGCUGCACCUGUUAAACCAGUUACUUCUAGACCCGCUUCUAGAUUUGAUCCUGUUACAAGUAGAUUCCAGCCAGUAAAUAAUAGAACACAACCUGCUUCAAGCCGAUUCCAUACAGCUACACCUACUAAACCAGUUACUUCUAGACCCGUUCCUAGAUUUGAUCCUGUUACAAGUAGAUUCCAGCCAGUAACUAAUAGAAUACAACCUGCUUUAAGCCGAUUCCAUACAGCUCCACCUUUGGAGGGAACUUAUUCUAGGCACCUUGUCCUUAACCCGAAUUUUAAUGCUGCUCCAAGUAAGGAUAUCAUUUCUCCUGGAGUUCGCAAUGCCACUACCAAACAACCAGCGUUCAAUUCCUCCUUUACAACAUCUCCACAGUUAAAUGCCCCUAACAAACCCCAAAAUAAUUUAUUCUUUACUUCUUCAUCCAAUCAAGGAAACAGCCAGUUUAGCUUUCCGACAUCAAGGCCAGCUUUUUAUAAUUCAUACCCUGAUUUUAAUAAUUUUGCACGUCCAAACUCUGGUUCUCCUUUUAAUACGCAACAAGAUCAUGGAUUCACAUUUAACACCUUUGGAAGUGAUACAUCAGGACCAGGCUUUGACAGUAGCAUCGUAGUUAAUAACCAGAGAUCCGUUUUCCCAAAUUAUGGUUCUGCUUUUAAUACACAAAACUUCGGAUCUAGCUUGAAAAGUUUUGAAACUGCUGCAUCGAGACCACGCUUCAACAGUGACACUAGAUUUGACGAUCAGAGUCUCGUUCAAACACCUUUGGGCAAUGGAAACUUAGGACGCCCUGUGCAAACUGGACCUCCUGGCAAUAGUAGCAAUAGUAGCAAUAACUGUAAGUGUAAUACAUAUUUAAUGAAAUAUUUUUUAGUCAGUAACUUCCUUGUUUUUGCCUGUAGAAUAAAAAGAUAUUUAUAACUAGAAAAUAGCAAUUGCGCAAAUAGCAAGAUUUGUAUACUUUGCUUAUUUUUCUGCAAAAACAGCGUUUUUGCAUAUUUUCAAAAAUAAAAAUUAAAAAACAUUUAAUUAUCUAGUGUUUGUUCAAUGAUGGUUAAUAAAUUAAUGAGAUAAUAAGAUCAGUGUUAAAAUCGUAAAAUUAAUAA